AUGGUCUCCUUCUUUGGCAUCAAGCUUGGUGGGGACAAGAAAAAAGCCCAAAAGAACCAGGGCAAACAACCGCCGCAGCAAUGGAAUCGAAUUGACCAGAACACUCUGGGUCAGGGGCAGUAUUUCGGCCAGAGCCAGGCUCCUGGCCGGCCCCAGUUCCCGAAUGCCUCUAGUCGACCAGGAACGUCUCAAAAUGCAGCUCCGCCGCCGUCCAACUGGCGCGCCGUCUUCAACAAUCCCGGCAUGGCCUCAUCCAUGACGGACCUGACUCCUCCCUCUAUGGGCGCGCUGCGACAUAAUGCGUCCGAAUCGAACUUGAGGACCAACUUUGCCAACGGCAGCACCACAAGCCUAGCACUGCCUGCAUCGUUGGGUGGAACCGGCGCGAGGCCCGGCACGCCGAGCCGCCCAACGACGACCAAAGCCGAAUGGGUGAACCCUCUGCAUGUCCACUUCUGCAAGAGCAAUUCCGCUUCCCGCCCCGGGACGCCGACUGUUGCCACGCCUAAGAGCCCCCUCGGCCAGUUCGAAUUCGACUUGAAACCUGCGCCUGCCCCUACCAAGGCCCCAACCCGGACCCCAGCCGAUGCCCCGGCCGAAGCGCAAGCUGAGGCCCCCGUCGAACCCGCGCCGAGAUCAAAACAGAAUGAGCGCCAGCCUGUGGCGGAGCGACAUGGAUAUCCGUCACCUCCAGGAUCGGACAGGAGCUCUGAUGGAGCGUUUCCCCCCCUUAACCCUUCCCUGGCGUCGGCAGCACCCGACUUGCAGCCGUCGACAGACAACCGACGCAACGCCCCCAGCGCCUUGAGCAAAGUCGACCGGGCGGCCGCCUCGCUUCCCAGCCCUACACCCUCGUCUCCGCUCACAGGCAGCGAGGACAAGCCGGAUACACCAGUCAUCCGCAACGUACCCGCAAGGCGCGAUACGCUCGCUUUUCACCAGCCUCGCCGGCUGAGCGUCAAGAUGGAGUUUGACGACGAGAGACAGAAAGAGGCGCGCAAAACACAGCACAUCGAGGGCUUCCGCGGCAAUUUUGCCGAUUUUAACUUUGGCGCAACGGCGAAGUCUCCGAGCUUUGACAUGCCUGCGGUCAACAGCGUGGACACCAGCUCGGGUGAGAGGCCUAGUGUGUCAACGGAAAGCGCACAGGCGCGGGAAAGGGUGCAAUCCCCCAGCAUUGCCGGGUCGUUUUCUCAACGGUCAGUACGGUCGCCAGAAAGCCCGAUGAGCCGGCCAUCGGUUUCGACCUCGGUGUCAGCCAUGUCGUCGUACAACGAACGCCCCGAGUCCCCUGUCAUAAAGCUACCGGCAGGAGCGCCGCGUGAAAAUUCGCGGCGAACAGGGCCUCCACCGGCGGCUGUCGGUGCUCGUCGAGGCAAUGCGAAUCCCUUUGGACGGACGAGCCCCCCUCGAGGGUUCAACACGCGCUUCGAUUCGGCCAAGCAGACUCGCGCGCCGCCGCCCCGACCCCUGUUUCCGACGCCCAACCUGGCAUCGCAUGAGGGCGCCUCGCCGAGUCCGCGCAGUCCGUACGGGCCCCCUCCGAACCAGAACAACUACAUUCGAGACGAUAUUGAGCCGCCUCGCCGGCCGCGAUCUCGGCCACCGUCAAGCCCCUUUUCGCGGCCUCCGAUGGCCGGAGACUUUCCCAAGUCUAAGGGCCUCCCACGCGGGCGCCAGCCGGAGAAACCUCGCUGCUCGACCGAGGACAAUAACGAUGACGACGACGGAAGCGUUUACGACGACCCGGCCUGGCCCGAAUUUGACCGCGCGGAGCCUCGCUACUCGGCAAUGCCGGCGCCGCUCGCGACGCCGCGGAGCGAUCCCAACCGCUCGCCAGCACUGCCGCCACGAUUGCCCAGUCCGACAUUCCCGUCUCUGGCAAAGUCCAUCUCGACAUCCAGUGAGGAUCUCGCCAAGAGCUUUGAGCUUCACUUCGACGCGCCGCUCAGCUCAGGGCUCAUCCCUUCGCUGGAACAGAGGCCGGGCCCGAGCUCGGGUGAAGUCAGUCCAAAGCGAGUUGAGGCAAAAAAGGCGCCGCCAAGGCCGGCCGUCAUGACGCUCCCGCCCUCAUCAUCGAGCAAGGACGUCAGCGCUAUGAAGUCGCCCGUUGAACCCCGCUUCCAAGGCGGCUUCAUCUAA